AUUAGAGUGAACCGAAUAAAUUAAGCUAACAAAGAGGGAUUAGACUUAAAAAAAAGCAUCUUGGACAAUCACAAGCUUAGUGCGUACACGUGCCGGGCAAAGAACAACACCUAACACAUUACUGUCAUCAAGUCAAUCAAACGGUCCCUAUCCAAUCAAUCAAAAUGACGACUAGAGCUCAACGAUUCUUUACAAGUGCAGCAAUCUUGUCUGCAAUAUGGCUACUUCUCUUGCUCGAUAUUUUGCCUUUCCCACUUAUUGAUCAUACAGCCAAACAGGAAAUCUUAUCAAUCCCUUGGUGGAUUCUCGUAUCGACUGGAUCAUAUCUACUCUUUCAAAUCGGUUGGGGUUUGUGGACGUUUAAUGAUGUUCCAAAAGCAUACGAUGAUUUGAUGAUUGAUAUCAAAAAUGCAAAGGACUACUUAGGUUCUAGAGGCGUUAAUAUUGACUAGUUAUCACGACCGUGGAAGCAAUUCACUGUAUACUAU